AUGUUGGCCGGUAUACCAUUUGGAAUGGGCUUUAUAUUAAUCUUCAUUGCUCUACUCAACUAUUUGACGGAUGCUUAUGAGGUCUUCGCCGCUAGCGCCAUGGCUGCAUCGAGCUGUUGUAGAAGCUUAGCUGGGGCGGUGUUGCCGUUUGCAGCGAAACCCAUGUAUACAAAACUGGGCGUGCCAUGGGCAAGUAGCCUGCUUGCACUCUUGAGCCUAUUAAUGUGCGGUAUUCCGGUAUUAUUCACAUGGAAAGGCGAUCGUAUCAGGGAAGGGAGCGUAUUCUGUCGGGAGCUUAAAGAACGAAAAAUCAAAGAGUUGGAGAACUUGCAAAGAGACAAAUUGGUGGAAGAGCAUCGCCCAAAUGCGGGAAUCGCGGAGAAAGUUUAA